UUAUGUUCUUUUAUAUUUAGAGAACGAACCAUUGCGUGGUAUUUGACAGACAAAAGAGUAUUAAGUGGUUUCUAUUUUGAUAUUUACUGAGAAGCGUUUAUUAAGUGAGGUUCUUAAACAGGACUAUGGAUAUCAAAACACAAUUUCAAAUCAUUUUGACAGAAAUGACACAGAUCAUUAAUCCUAUUCAAGACGACAGUCAAAAUGGAUCAGGGUUUAAGUCAGUGCAUCUAGUUAGCGAGAAUGGGUUGGUGAACGAAGACGCAAGAUCUAGACUGGCUUAUCUUGUUAACGAAUUGCAAACAAUGACUGGCAGUCUUGGUAAUAAUCAACAACUAGGAAAGUAUCAAGAAGGUUCUAUGUCAACAGUGCCUACCUAUGGGCAAGAAAACGCAGAUGUUUCUAUGAAAGGCAGGGAUACAGAAGUGGCAAAUGUCGGAAGGUCGGACCAAUCAUUCUUUGCAUCUAUUCCGCUGAUUGGAUCACGCUUCUCCCAAAAAAUGGUGCAGAUGUUAAUACCAGUUCAAACACCGACGACAAAAGAUUUCUCUACUGCAAUCACCAGUUUGUGCAAGGAUAUAUCGUAUAAAUGCAUUAUAUGUUAUACGAUUGGAGAGUUAUGCGACAAGUACCCUCUUGCUGUUAUCUGCCCGGUAUCUUCAAGGCUCGAGCCAGAUGUUGACCUUGCACUUAAUGAAAUACGGUGGAAAGGCCCGUUUGUUGUGCUUCUACUCCAUUCCGGUUUAGAGAGCUCUUUACCUAGACUACCAUCAGCUUCUAAACUUGCAAAUAGGGACAAAUACAAGAGUAUUGAAUUCAUUGACAUCGCUUAUACCAUGGAAGCAAAGUUAUACAAGUGUCAGAUGAAUGAGUCUGCAAAACUUCAAUUGCAAACAUUUUUCGCCAGAUUCUACAAGAAGUAACCAAGCGUUUUGAUCGCAUGACUUUCUGAUUUUGUCUACCAGAUAAAAUUACAAUAUAUUAUAUGAAUGUGACAAAACAGCAAGUUAAAGAUGCAUUUCUUAAUUGUGACCACGCCGAAUAUUUUAAAUAACUUGGUCCAUCUUUUAGCAAUCAUUUUUAAGGAAAUAUUUAGGAUAAGUAUUGACUUAAGUACAGACUAUGACCGACAGCUGUGUUUUCUGAUCUUGGUCUUAACAUUGGCAUGUGUAGCGAUAGUUAUUACAAGUGCAAGUUAUAAAUUAAAAUAUAUUCAUUCCGGAUAAGAUUGAAAGUAAAGUUAUUUGCUUACUUGCUGCAAACAUGUAUCAAUGCAGUCAUGUGAUUUAAUGCAGAUGCGACACAGACAAUGAUAUAAUUCGUUGUUUCAAAUUUGUAUCAUAACCGUUAAACAUUAGAAACGUAAUUACACUUUUUCGCGUGCUUUUUUUUACCACAAUGGUAAUUUAAACCUUAUACAUUAUAGAGUGAAUGUAAAGUUCAAUUAAACUUACUUUGUACUUUGAAUAAAUAAUUGUUGUUGUUUGCGAAAAUAUUACUAAAAUUAUUACAAUUUA